AUGGCUACCACCGCAGCCAAGCACUCGUCUUCUAUUUGUCACACGGAGCAACAAGAGCGAAGGAACCUCGUCUUGGGAGACAGUGUUCCCGCGGCGGUCGCGGGCUCUUGGGCGGUUCUGCCGCCGACGGCCGCCCUGAAGAGAUCCGAAGCGCCGCAGCUCGCGUGCAGCACCCGGGUGUCGGCACGAGGUCUUCUGCGUCGCUCGCCCCCAACUGGCCGGCCCAAGUCUUCAGCGGCUCAACGAACACGCGGCAUGGGCGACGCGCGCCGCGCGGACUGCGGCAGCGACGACGAGGAGGACGAGGAGCCGCGCGGGUCCACCGCCUUCUCCAUAGACAGCAUCCUGGGCGCCAGGCCGCGCUCGCCCGACGGCUGCUUCGUGCGGCCCACCCCCGUGCCGGCCGCCGCCCUCUACCCCGCCGCCGCCGCCGCCGCCGCCUCGCAGACCGCAGGCGCGAUGCUGAACCUGCUGACGGCGCCGCCCCCGCCUGCCUACGGCCCCGCCUCCGCGCUGCUGUACGGCGGCUGGCUCGCCGCCGCCUCCGGCAAGCACCACACGCAGCUCUUCGGCCUGCAAGCUCCGAAACCAGUGGGUCGGAGAUCCCGGAAACCCGGCCUCGACAGGAAACCGCGGCAAGCCUACAGCGCCAAACAGCUGGAGCGUCUGGAAGCGGAGUUCAAGGUGGACAAGUACCUGAGCGUGAGCAAGCGCAUGGAGCUGUCCAAGGCGCUCGGCCUCACCGAGGUGCAGAUCAAGACGUGGUUCCAGAACCGCCGCACCAAGUGGAAGAAGCAGCUCGCGUCGCGGCUCAAGAUGGCGCAGCGCCAGGGCCUGUUCGCGCCGCCGCACUACCUGUCCGCCGCCUCGGUGCAGCAGUACUCGUCGCUGUUCGCGCCGUACUACUCGCCCUGCGCCUACCCGCACCCCGAGUCGCCCGCCCACAACUAGAGCGACCUGCGCUCUCCGGUGCCAACCUAGACCUCGCUUCGCGUUCCCGCAGUGACGCGCUGGACUGACUGCUGACUGCAUAACUGUGCUCUCUAAAGACACUCUCGGUAAUGUUCCUAGACAGUGGCAGUUCUUUGCUUGUUCGCACUGUAGGUCAUGGAGAAAUCUCGAGAACGGACAAAGAGAUUACUACACAAACAAACGGAGAGCAAGCCAAAAUCAGCUGAUGUCGAAAGCUAAAUACAUAGACAGCACGGAGAAUUCCGUCCACUAAAUUAUCUGUGCUGUCUAUGCAUAUAGCUUUUGACAUCAGCUGAUUUUGGCUUAUCUUCUUUGUGUGUGUGUUAAUAUUUUUGACCUUACUUGAGGAUUAUUUAUGACAUACAGUGUAAUCUAGCAAUGACAUAUGUCCCCAACCUCGUUUUAAAACAGUUUUAGUAGUUAUUUAAUAAGUCCUUUGAAUUAUUCCUGCACAAUUGUGAAGAUUGACUAAAAAUAAUUUCGCGUACAUACGAUGUUGUUGGUUUACGCUGGUUGUCAUAGAAUAUAACUCAAGAAUGGGCACUAGAUAUGAAUGGACACACAUUAACAUACGGAGAAAAAGCCAAUAAAUAUCACCUGUAUUAAAUUGUACGUGCCUAGACACAACGAUGAAAGCACGGAUGAACACAGCAGGCUUCAUUCGACAAAACAAUUAUGAUGAUUCGAGAACUCACGUCAUCAGGCACAAUUGACUGAUUUUUUUUCUUUAUUUUGCUCUUCUUGCAACUGUCUUAUUGUCGUUUUCAGCCCAGAGUGUUCGUCUGAACUGAAAUUUAUUAUUACUAAACUCCUUCCACGGAGGUAUCUGAGCUGUCUAGGCAUGUGACAUUUGACCUAAGCUGACAUUGUUUUGUUCUUCGUGUGUUCAUAUAUUCAUCUUUGUUUUCCCUUCUAAAGGUUUUCUGUGACAACCAAUGUAAACCACGAAUGGGAUAUUGCCAUGAAAUUAUUUCACAUCAGACGUUAUAAACCUAAACAUUCUUUGGGAAAUGUUUUAUAUAAACUCGCAAAUUUACACAUAAUAUUUUUUUUAAACAAGUACCUACAAGAUUAGAUACCACAUAUUCAUAAAAAAAUAUCAUCACCAUUAGUAAUUUCUUACUACGUUCAUACAUAAUUUAGGCACAUUUUUGUAUUGCAGUGUUUUUAUUUACGGAAAAAAAAUUGUUUGCAAACAUUGGAAAAAAAUCGUGCUGUCGACAUCAGCAGAUGUUGUUACUUCGUCAAAUAAAAUUUUGUGAGGUCUAUGUUGGCAAAACUUUUUUUGUACGCCCUUUCUCCGUUCCUAAUCUCGAUUUGCGUUACUGGACAGCGAAAGACUGCAAAACUACUGCAGGGAAAACGAUCUCAUCCUACGAGAGUGAAGUGGCCUUGUGAGACUCUGGCGAAGUGAAUUGUUCUUGCGCUUGAGUUUAUGGUGGUAAAGAAAAUACGUGCGUAGACUAAUGUAUGUAAAUAAUGUCAAUGUACUCAACAAUGUGCGUUUAAUUUAAGGUUUCUGAAAACCAAA